AAGCGUUGAUGAGGCAGGCAGGAAGUAGGCUUUUGGAAUACCUUUGACUCUCUUUUUCACUUGACCCCAAAUUUUAAAAUAGAAAACCCUAAAAGAUUUAUUUUAUUGAAGAAAAUAAGAAUAACAAUAGUGGAUCGAGUGGAGGGGUUUUUGAAUAGAAUCUGAUGGAUGGAUAGAUUGAUAUAGAUAUAGAUGAUUAUAUUAUUAUUAUUUAUUAUAGUAUAGACAUAGAUAGAUAGAUAGAUAUCGGGGGUGAUUUAAUUGAAUUGAUAAAAAGUAAGAAAGAAAUGAAGAAGUAGAGUUAGGGUUAGGGGUUUUGUUAAUUGAAGUAAUGGCAGCAGGAAGAAUAGGAGGAGAAGAGGUGAUGUCAUCAUCGAGAGGUCAAGUUACAAUAACUUUAGGUCGUGCUGGUGGACAGGUAGUGAAAAGAUCAGGUGGAGGUGAACUUGCGGAAGAGGAGGAUGCCGGUCUUCAGGUGGCAGUGGGGAGUAAACGUCGUGGCUCGGUUAGAGAUCGGCUUGGUGCCGAUCCAUCCUCAUCCCACCUUCUUCAUAAUAAACGGUUGUGUGGCGAUAAUGGUAGUUACAGCUUGAAUCCCACCAAUUCCAUUGAUGAUUUACAUCUAAGCAAACAUGAUCUUCGCUAUAAAAUCAUCAAGCGGACACAAACCAAUACUCAUCACAAGACUGUGGAUCUGCGUGAUAUGCUAUCGCGCCGUGCCCGACCUUCAACCACCAAACCUGAUACACUGCCUACCUUGCCUGACCCUGAACAUGGAAGACACAGGGUACCUGAGAUCAUACCUGUGAUAAGAGAUGACAGAAGGCGAGAUUCUGACCCAAGGGACAACCCACGGCGUAUGCCUGAACCAAGAAACGAGAGGCACAUCAUGCCUGCACCAAGGGAUGAGAGACAGCACAUGCCUGACCCACUGGAUGAGAGGCGACGGUUGUCUCAGCCCAUGGAUGAUAGACAUCGUGUGCCAGAGUCCAGGGAUGAUAGACAUCGCGUUCCAGAGUCUAGGGAUGAUAGACAUUGUGUGCCAGAGUCUAGGGAUGAUACACGUCGUGUGGCUGAGUAUAGGGAGGACAGACAGACGAUGCCUGAACCAAGGGAUGGUAGACAGAGCAUUCCUGAACUACUUGAGGUCAGAAAGCGUAUACCCAAUGUAAGUGAUACCAGGCAAAGCAUUCCAGAGCCAAGUAAUGGUAGCAUGACACGUCAUUUCACUUCCAUGAGAACAUCAGAAGCUCCGUCCCAGAUGGACUUUUUAACAAGCUCUUACUCUCCAUGGACAUUGGAUCAUAUUAGGCGUAAAUCACCAGAUAGAGUUCUGCAUAUUUCCAGGGGAUUAUCACCUCCACAAAGGAACGAAGAACCACAGAGAAGGCCAAUCAUGAGGGCAUACCAAGAUUCUAGACCAGUGCAAUAUUCCAGCCGGGAUGGUAGUGAUAUAUCAAGGCCCAUCUCCACCACAUCUUUUCUGACAAAACCAUCUCUUUCUGCUGGGCCAACAAAGCCUAUGGGGCCUAUGGUUGCCCCCCCAAUACCACCUGGCCAUAAUAUGCAACGAAGUCAAUAUCCAGUAGAACAUCUUACCGUGGAAGGAUUUUUGCGUUCUUUGGGAUUAGAGAAGUAUCUGAUAUCGUUCAAGGUUGAGGAGGUUGACAUGGCUGCAUUGAGCCAGAUGGGAGACCAUGAUCUUAAAGAGAUAGGAAUACCUAUGGGACCUAGGAAAAAGAUACUUCUUGCACUCCUUGCACGUACCAGGAGGCAUGCACGAUGAGCAUACUCGUUCAAUAACUAACUUGCUGCAUUACUCUUAAUAUUUUGUGGUACAAAAUGAUACUCUCGUGUAUUUUCAUCCUAGUUUGUUGUCUUUUUCAAAUUUUUGUGAAAAUCAUGUCAAAAUGAACAUCUGAUUCAUUGUCUUAAUUGUGCCAAUGGAUUUAUAAUUUUGAAUUAGUUAAUGGAAUCCGUGGUUUAGACAUGGCGGGGUUCUUGUUUGGAAAACAUCAUUCCGGCAAGUUGUGUUACCGUGAGGACUUAAGGAAUUCCUGGAUGAAAGGCUGUGGCUCAAGGUAUUAACAGCGUACAUUUCUCUAAGAAUGGAGUUUUUAAUUGAUGCAUUUUCUGUAUUAAAGUUCAAGGUGUUAAUUUUGAUGAUGUUAUAUACUUUCUAUCGAGUCCAGUGAUAUUAAAAAAUGUAGCUUUCUAAUA